UCUGUGUCACAGAGGAGGAACGAUGGUAGCCAGGUCUCACUUGCCCUCUGCGGUGUGCCCAUCGUCGCACAGGUGAAGAUGCCAACUUCACUCAGCUGUGUGGUGUAAAGCCACGCAAAUCGUUUGUUAUACUUAGAGCCAAAGGAGCAGGAAGUCUGGUGGUGGUUUUUGAGAACAAGGAUAGAGCCUGUUUUUCUUAGAUCUGUCAUCACUAUUGGACGAUGUCAUGCUAUGCCUUUGGCUGAUCGCUCAUCUAGCUACCUAGGUAGUGUCUGAAAAGCUGGCUACAGUUCCAUGUGCUUAUGUUGCUACUGGGACCAUUUCGUUAAAAGUAUCGCUGCGACGGAUGACCUGCGAUGUCUCUUGGAGGAACUGAGGACAGUGACUGAAUUUUUAAAGGCAAAAGACACAGCCUUGAAAGGCAGCGUGAACGCUGAGGACAGAAGAGUUUGAUGACACAGCACUGAAGUUCUUUGUUUGGAGUACACGUUAUGAACCCUUUGUGGAGCAUGUCUGCAAACUCUGUGCGCAAACGAGCUGAAGCUGAAGAGACGACACUACCAGGGGAUGUGAAAACCAGUCCUCCGCGGACUGCACCGAAAAAGCAGCUGCCGUCUGUUCCCAAAAGCGCCCUGCCCGUAACGAAGCCUGCAUCUCCAGCCCCAGCAGCGCGGUCAGCAAAUGGCACCCAUGCCUCUUACGGGCCCUUCUACCUGGAGUACUCGCUUCUUGCAGAAUUUACAUUGGUGGUGAAGCAGAAGCUACCAGGUGUCUAUGUACAGCCAUCGUAUCGCUCUGCAUUAGUGUGGUUUGGAGUAAUAUUCAUACGACACGGACUGUAUCAGGAUGGCGUAUUCAAGUUUACGGUGUAUAUUCCUGAUAACUACCCAGAUGGCGACUGUCCACGCCUGCUGUUCGAUAUUCCCGUCUUUCAUCCGCUAGUGGAUUCCACCUCAGGUGAACUGGAUGUGAAGAGAGCAUUUGCAAAGUGGAGGCGGAACCAUAAUCACAUAUGGCAGGUCUUAAUGUACGCACGGAGAGUCUUCUACAAGAUCGAUACCACAAGUCCCCUGAACCCAGAGGCUGCAGUACUGUAUGAAAAAGACAUCCAGCUUUUUAAAAGUAAAGUGGUUGACAGUGUUAAAGUAUGUACUGCUCGUUUGUUUGACCAGCCGAAAAUAGAAGACCCCUACGCAAUUAGCUUUUCUCCAUGGAACCCUUCUGUACAUGAUGAGGCCAGAGAGAAGAUGCUCACUCAGAAAAAGAAGCCUGACGAACAGCACAAUAAAAGUGUUCAUGUUGCUGGCCUGUCAUGGGUAAAGCCUGGCUCAGUACAACCUUUCAGUAAAGAAGAGAAAACAGUAGCAACCUAAGAGAUGGUGGAUCUGGUGCACCAUGCACUUUCCUGCUGGACUCUGGCCUAGUUAGAGCUGACUAAUGGCGAAGGACGGCCUGAAGAGUAAACCGCGUGAACAGUGACUGGCUAUCAGUGUUGUGUAUGCGUAGGUUCUAACAGCAGGGUGUGGAGACCUCUCAUUGAGUAAUGCGUUACUUCUGUCAGAAGUGUCAGGGUGAAUCUAGUUCAGUGCUCCAAAUUAUUGGGGACCUUGAGGCUUAAGUAUUUUUCUGAAUAUGUUAGAGGUAAGUUGUGUUUACUUUAACAGCGGAGAGAAUGAACACUAGGUGGUAGUUGGAAGUUGGUGGUUUCAGCUGUACAUACUUUAGGCCACGAAGAAGAAGGGUGUAGAGAAGAGAUCCAGAGGGCAGCACUUUCAAGUAGAAGACUGGCUUUCCGGCUUCAGCCUGCUGACUUGCUGUAAACGUCUGUCUCAGAAGCAUUAGGAAAGUAGGCAGAAACAGGAUGCUUGUUCAGUUUUUUUGUUUUGUUUUUGUUUUGUUUUAAGCAAAUUACUGUAUUUUUAUGGCAGGAGGAAGAAAGAAGUGUUCAAACGGUUUCUAAUGAAGUCAGGUAUUUAAAUGGUGGAUGACUGAUGUGUUAGUAGAGAUGAAAUAAACCAAUAAAUGAUUGAUUGUCAUUUA